ACAUCCACAUCCACUUUUCAAUUGUUUUUAUUUUCAGCUUUAUUAUUAGUAGGUUGCUGUGUUUGCUCAACACGAACUAACGCAAGCACGCACAGAUUUAACAAAUGGCCAAAGGUUUCAAGAUCAAGAUUUCCAGAGUCUUCCCCUUCAAAUCUUGCCGAUCCAGACAUCCCUCCACUCUCCCCUUCACUCCUGUCCCUUCUUUCUCCCGACUUCCUCCAGUCAACCUCCAUUUCCCUCCUCCACCACCGCCACCACCGUCAUCGAAGCCAUAUUACUCCUCCAUAAAACGCCAUGUUUCGUCCGCGUUUUCAUCCAUGGGUUGUAGCUUCGGGUCAAGAUCCAGCUCUCACUACCUCUCUGAUACGGACUACACCGAUUCACCGCCACCUCCCACACCAGAAUUCCACUGGGAAAAAGAUCACAAAUGGCACGUGAUUGCCAAAGUCCAAGACGACGGAAGUAACGACACUCGCCGGGUCAAAAUUGCCGAAUCCUUCGACAACGACGGUGUUUUACCUCCUCCGCCACGUCCCAACACGGAGGACAAGCAACGGCUACAGAGGAAGAAGAAAACGACAAGCAAGAUUCGAAUAAGUACUACGUCGUCCGGAGAUAGUGGCUUAUUCAGCAGCGAAAGCUUCGACGACGAAGAGACAGAAACCUUAGUCUCACCUCCUAGAAGCUUCUCGACAGAUUCGAGUACCAGGAGGCAUAAAAAGAAGGGAAACAAGAGAAAGGUGAGACGGUGCAUUUUGAGGGAGAUGAAUCCGAGGUUGUCGUCGGCGUCGGAGAGCGAUUCACCGGCGAGGUUAUCGUUGUUUUUGCAGAGGAUGAUAUCGAGCGCGGUGGAGGGGAAGGUGAGGGAGAGCUUUGCGGUGGUGAAGAGGUCGGAGGACCCAUAUGAGGAUUUCAAGAGGUCGAUGGUGGAGAUGAUAUUGGAGAAGCAGAUGUUCGAAGAAAAAGAUCUGGAGCAGCUCUUGCAGUGUUUCUUGUCGUUGAAUUCCCAGCAACACCAUGAGGUGAUAGUCCAGGCUUUCGUUGAGAUUUGGGAGGCUUUGUUUUGUGGAAGAUCCACGAGCUUUAGGGUUUCUUGAUUUAGAAGAUGUAAGUCAUCAAAAUAAUGAAUAAAUUACCAUUUUUUUG